GUAUACCGUCUUCCGGACGGCAGGGGGAACUCCGCGUCAGCACAAGCGCAAUCUGUGAGUCGGUUUUUUUUAGGGGACGGCUCAAGCAGGGUUCCCAAAGGUAGUACAAGACGGUAGACAAGAAGUGUCGCCCGGUUCCAGUCCUCGUUACGGAAGACGAGGGAGCAUACUACGAGAGGGAACGAGGGUUGAUACAGUGGAUGAGGGAGCGUGCUCUAGCGGGACCAUGUCGUAUCAACGAAGGGAAUGAGGGGAAGUUUAUCAUAGGGGAACCCGACUUCCUGCUGCCUCAGGAGCGGGCAUUGAUGGUGGAGUUGAUGAAGAGGAGGCAUCGCGCCUAUGCGUUUAGUGACGAGGAGCCAGGCAGGCUGGAUGUGGACAAAAUACCUAUGAUCCGCAUCCACACCGUGUCACACGAGCCUUGGAACAUGAGAGGGGCGCGAUAUCCUAAUCCUGACGAGGAAAAGAAGGUGGUGGAUUACCUCGACGACAAGAUACUUAGGCACGUCGCCGACUAUUCGAGUGGAUCGUAUACGUCCCCGUGGUUCUGCUUCAUCAAGCCUAACGGAACGUUGCGGUGGGUGCAAGAUUUGCAGAGGCUGAAUGCGGUGACCGUGCGGGAUGCUGGAGGACUGCCCAAUGCGGACACGUUGUCGAAAUUUUGUGCUGGAAGGUCUAUAAUCUCACUUAUAAACCUUUACUCAGGAUAUGAUCAGUUUCCGGUCUAUUCGCCGGACAGGCCGGUGACGGCUAUGUACAUGUCGCGAGGAUUAAUCCACAUGAACUUGGUCCCACAAGGGUGGACCAACGCGGUAGCAAUGGUCCAACGGGCCAUGAUCCGGGCUAUGCAGUCAGUCAGCCCCCAUAUCACACAGCCAUACAUCGACGAUUUGGCGGUGAAGGGGCCAGCAGUGAAGGAGAACGACGAAGUCUCGCUAGGGGUAAGGCGCUUUAUGUGGAAACACAUUCGGGACCUCGAAAAGGUCCUGAGCCUGCUCGAGGAGCAUAACCUCACGGCGAGCCGGGCCAAAUCCAGACACUGCAUGAGGGAAGCGACUAUCUUGGGGUUCGUCUGCAGCGAGAGGGGUCGAAGACCGAAUGUGAAGAAGACGGACAAAAUUACUGAGUGGCCAGUUCCGUUCCACUCAAUAACUGAUGUCAGGAGCUUCCUUGGUACGUGUGGAUUUUGGAGGGUCUUUGUCAAGAACUUCGCCGCUAAGACUGAACACCUGAGGAAGUUAGUCCGUCAGGAUCAAGAAUGGGUUUGGGGUGAAGAGCAAGAAGAGGUGGUGGCCAGAAUGAAGGAGGAAUUUCGAGAUGGAGGGUUGGUGUCAGGAGCACCAGAUUAUGAUGUCACGGAGACGCGACCCUUCAUUGUCGAAACGGAUGCGGGGCUGACUGCCCUAGGAGGAGUUCUAAUUCAGGCAGACACGAAAGGAAAGGAAAAACCUUUGCGAUUUGAGAGUCGGACUCUCUGUACGACCGAGAGGAACUACUCUCAGUUCAAGAGGGAGACUCUUGUCGUCCUCCACAGUCUGCGGAUCUUCCGGAACUACAUCUUUGGCAGAAGGCUUAUUUUGAGAAUGCUGACGUAUAUCUGGAUGUUUAACUUCGAGUUGGAGCGGAUUCCUGGCAGUAAGAACCGGGCAGACGGGUUGAGUCGGAUCAACUGGGAUAAACAGGAAGGGGAGGCGGUGGAGAAUACGCCCCCAGUUGAUGGAUUUUUGGAUCAGGAGGAAGAUGUUCGUCUCCACAUCAACAAGUGGUUGCCGCGAGUGCCCAGCUGUGUAGGUUAUCCUAUCUGGCAAGCGCCGAGUGGGUACGAACGGAGGGCGGAGCUAGUCCUCAAACCCUUUGAAGAAGAGGAUCCUUGGGGUGGUAAGGAUUUUCAGUGGAUGAUGGAGUUAGCGCUGGCCAGCUCGCAUAGUCUGGUGAAGGACAUGAGGACGAUCGAGGAGGGACCUGGCCAGGUAGAACGGCAUGAGGACCUGAUGGGAGGAAUGUAUCUUCUCGUCAACACGUCAUUGCAGGAAAGCCUCGACCAGUCAGGCUCGUUGAACCCGACAAGGAAUGUGGACGAAGUGCCCGAGAGCCAGGACGACGAGUUCGGGGAGGGGGAGAUUAAGGAGGUUUUUCGUGCAGAGGAGUAUGACGGGAUUUACUUAGAGCUGGGGCUUCUUUUAUCUUGCGAAAUGCGGCUAAGGGAUGCGAGCGAUAGGGCUCAGAGGAUGCUCCUGCGCUACUUAGUGCGAGACGGCCACCUUUUCGUAAAAAGAGAAGUGGGGAAUCCCAGGAGAGUCGUCUGCGGUAGGAAUCGUCAGAUUGACGUCGUAGCAGCACUUCAUGAUGGCAUUGCAAGAGGGCAUCAAGGGGUUCAAGCCACUUACGCCAAAAUAAGCGAGCUGUACUACUGGGACGGAAUGAUGGACAUGAUCGGGAAGUUCUGUCGAUCUUGCGUACCCUGCCUGUUGAGAUCCUGUUUAAGGCAAGGAGAGCCAUUACAUCUGAGGCUAGAGCGAGAGGUGGGGGUUGUAGUACAUCUCGAUCUACUAUUCAUGCCGCUUGGGGAUCAGGGCUAUAACUACAUCUUCGAUGCGCGCGAUAACCUGUCUGGCUUCGUAGACGGCCGUGCUGUUCGUUCGAAGACUGGGCUAACCUUGGUUAGUUGCAUUGAGAAGUACUACCUGCGCUAUCCUUUCGUGAGGGAAUUCGUAAUGGACAGGGGAUCAGAGUUUACCUGCCAGGAGGUGCAGGAGUUGCUAUCAAGGUCUGACUUUACAAAGACAGUCAUGCCAAGAGGAGGGAAGGGGGCACGGCCGCCUCGGAGGCCGUUGGGCGCAUCAGGAGGAUAUGAGCAACAUGGGCCUUGCCAUCGAGAGAGCACUCCAGAGUACGAUUGUGACGACAUCGAGCUAUUCCUGGACGGCUUCUGGGAGCAUGCGCGGCGUAUGGGUUGGACCGUGACCCAGGAGAUUGAGAGGUUAAGGGGGGUUGGCAGAUUCGAGGAGCUCGUCGCGCGGAUCCGUAGGGAGGCGACGACGAGGUCAGAGGUGAAGAUAAGGAUGCAGGAGUUGCGACCCUCGCCUGUGAGGCCUGAUGGCAGGCCGAUCCGCCUGGAGAUUGGGAAUGCGUCAGAGUUCAUCCCCGCUUUCGAGUGGUUAUUGCAGGGGCAGAGUACACCGAGAGAUGAGUGGGCGAGGACGUUACCCCUCUGGACCAGAAAGGCGGAGAGACCACUGGCUAGGCAGAGGCAGAGGGGCCCUGAGCCUAGGGAGGUGAGACCAUCUCGAGGAGGACGGAAGGCCCUGGCUAGGAGAGAGGAGGAACCGGAACCGGAACCAGAGGCUGAGGAGCGAGGAGCAUACCCUGAGUAUGGGUUGGGACCAGUGGAGUUCCAUCGGUUUACCGAGGGUGGAUUGAGGAGGUCGCCAGCACGCACACAGGAGGAGCCGCCAGCGUCUGAGGGGCCUUUGAGGGAUUUGGAGACACAUUUUGAUGUCUCUCGAUGGAGAGCGUCGCCUGGGGGUGAGGAGCAGAGAGAGCAGGCAGAGGAGGCGCCACGAGAGGAGGUGCCACGAGAGGAGGUGCCACGAGAGGAGGCGCCACGAGAGGAGGUGUCACGAGAGGAGGUACCACGAGAGGAGAUGCCACGGGAGGAGGUUCGGGAUACUCAGCGAGAGAGAGGGCUAGGCGAUGAGGGGAGACGUGCAGGGAAGGAAGUGAUAGAGGUUGGAGAGGACACGCCCCCUCAGACGCCAGCAGUGGGCUUGAGACCUGGAGAUGCACCUGGGAGCACGCGCCAGGCAGGAGAGGAGUUGCAAAGAGAAGAGGCCCCAUUGCCUUCAUCUGGAAAGGCUCAUUCGCCAGAGAGGAGGGCAGAAAGGAGGAGAGAGAGGGAAGCUGUAAGGAGAGAAGCCUUGACUCUGAUUGACAGACACCUAGCAGCUCAUGCCCUGGAGCACCCAGACCAAGAGGAGUCGGCACCUGUAGAGUCGCGCCAGGAGUCAUGCCAGCCCGAGAAGGAGGUGGAGGCAGAGAUCCCGAAGAGGGUCGACCUCCGCACGAGGGAAAGGGUGCCAGCUGGAGAGACAGCUGAAGGAAAGAGGGCGAGGAGAACUAGGAGGAUAGAAGAGAUAUGGCAAGAAAGGCAGAGGUUGGAGGCGGCGGGGGCACUUCCAGAGCAGCAGCAGGAAAGACAGAGUGUGGAGGCAGCAGGGGCACUCCCGAGUCAGCCACCCAGCGCGCCAGCCAAGGCCCCGGAAAUCCCUGAGAUAUGGAGGGACUUCUGGGAGCAGAGAGGAGAGGAGCUUCCUUCGCCAACCAAAGCCGGGUUUGGGGUAGCGACGAAGGCGGAAGAAAGGUUCGAUCGCAAAAUCAAGUUCCUGGCCAAGGCAACUUUUGACCGGCACUUGCUAUUGGAAAGCGAUCUGGCAGGGAAGAAGAUGAAGGAAGCGGGCCAUGGAGUACGCCUGGAGGCUAUGGAGGAUGAAAUCCAGGAACUCAGGGCAUUGGUGGCCAGCCAGGCAACUAUCAUCGAGAUCCUGAGGCAGCAAACUCAGGGAAAGGUGGACAUGCCAGAGAGCAGCCGGCAGGGAGAGUAGAGGCAGCCAGGACACGGGUUGCCAAGACAGCC